UCAUCAGGCCUAUCUAUCUAUAUUCCUCCUGCCUCUAGUCCAUGGUCAGAGAUGAAUGAAUGAAUGAGGUGUAUAUUCCAGUAAUAUAUAUUUUGGCCGGAAAUCGGAAGUGUCACCUUAGUAGUUGCCGGCAUGAUGCCUGAUGGUUGAACAAGUAUUUUAGUAGUGGGAUGGUUGGUUUGGUGGCCUGUUUUUUGUUUAAUGGGAGGCGUGCGUGCCGCCUUGUACCACUACGGCUUAGCAAUUAUGGGAUUGCUGUUGCAUUCGUGGCCCUCAUAUUAGGUGCGUAUCUCCUCCCCGUUGGCCGCCUUGUAUGAGUAGCUUUGAAGUUGAAGAAUGUGCAGUAUGUGUGCAUGGUCGCCAUGUUUCUUUCUAGUGGAGGGAGGUGGACGGCUAGCAAAGGCAGGCGAAAUUUCCUUAACUUUCUAAAAGGAAAUAGUUCCCUUCCCUCUGGUGUUUGUUCUCGCUCGCUCGCUCGUGCAACCUAUGCUGGUCCUACGCCUAUGCUGGCUGGUUGGUUGUUGCAGGGCUACAGAUAGUGUGCUGUGGGGUUGGGGAAUUUGUAGGGUGUUGUGGUUGGGCACCGUUUUGUCCCGUCAAAAUCGGGACGAAAUCUUGUAGCGUACUGCGCCUGUGAGUCGUGUUUUCGUCGUGUAACGGCAUCAUGUGACACGUAAAAAGGCAUCAACUAGCUGGUUUUGCCCUGUGACCGUUGUCUGGUUGGAUAUGGAUGUCCUUCCUGAUUCUUACGGGAUUAAACACGCGCUUAUGUAAGUGGAAAUCUGAAUAAUCACACGGAGCAGGAGCUGUGUAAGUAAAAUUUACUCUGCGCAAACGCAAAUGUGCUCAUGGGAAGCUUGGCGUUGGCACUAGGCAGUUAAAACUGCCAUCGCAGACGGCGUGGAAAGUCAUUCCGAAGCCACCUUCGAAUUCAGUUACGCACGGGCACGGCAGUGAAGGGGAUCACACUUAACAAGUUCCGCUAUAGUACCAAGCAACAUUGACUCAUUGUCCAUUAACAAGUUCACAUGAUGCACUACGCCGGAGUAUGGGCGGGCCCCUCUCGUUGCUGCGGAGAUAAAACCAAGAGAGAGAGACACCGCAAUUAGCUACGAGUAACCCCCUUUAAUCCCGCUCCCUCCCCUGAGAAGUACGAGAAAGAGGCACAGAAAAAACAGAAAGGCCACCGCCGCGAACAACACCGGCCACGCCCAACCUUUUGGGCCUUCAUUUAGCGAGGCCAAUCCUAAAGUGUAGGAGGAUCCUCCUACACCUCUGCGCUCCUGCCUCUGCCUGAGCCACCGGGAUCGGCAAUCAACCGGGAAAAGCUGCCAUUGCUGCUGCUGCAGGAGCAGGAGCAGCAGGAGGCGGGAGGGGAGCUCCCGUCCGGAGCAAUCAAGGACGACAAUGCCUCUGUCAAGGCACACGGUGGCCAACGAGUACUCCCUCGGCGGCCGCGACCUCUACAAGCGGGCCGACCAGCACGACCCCGAGGCCGUCCUCGACGGCGUCGCCACCGCCGGCCUCGUCGGCCUCCUCCGCCAGCUCGGCGACCUCGCAGAAUUUGCAGCAGAGGUCUUCCACGGGCUGUAUGACGAGGUGAUGACCGCGUCGGCGCGGGGGCAUGGGCUCGUGCUCCGGGUGCAGCAGCUGGAGGCAGAGUUGCCCCUACUGGAGAAAGACGUCUGUCAGAGAGAUUACCUGUACGUUGCUUCUAACAGGGGAGUUGAUUGGCAUGCGAACCUGAGGGUGGACCAUGGGGUUGUGACGACGGGCGACACGCCUCGCUUCAUCAUGGAUUCCAUCAAGCAGUGCCAUGGGCCUCCAAGAUUGUUCAUGCUUGACAAGUAUGAUAUCGGCGGCGAGGGAACGUGCAUGAAGAGAUACUCGGACCCGGCCUUCUUCAAGACAGAUUCCGCGUGUUCCAGAAUGCUGCAGGAAGGAAUUAGAACAGAAAGAAAACCAAUUAGAACCAUGGAGAUCAGGCCGGACCUGCAGAAUGCUGAGAUUUUCAGACCUUCUGAUGGAGCCAACAAUGACUCAAGGUUCAAGACUGAUUUAUCGGGUGAAGCGUUGGAUGAGGUCCCGCCAAGGCGCCAGCGGCUGAAGCACCGACAACUAAACGGGACCGUGUUCCGAAGCUUCAGACCGCAGAUGCAGGACCUUUAUGGAAAGGCUUCACCAGAGGAGAAAACCUUCUCCAUGGAUCGGUCAGAGGUGCAGAUAUCUUUCACCGACUCACCCGACACAAACGCCGAAGAGAGAGAUAUCAUGGUGGACACUUCCAGCAGCACUGAGAAGGGCAAGGGAGGCUACUACGCCACAGCACGCAAGAGGAGGUCGACUUCCCAAGAAACCCCGUCAAGCUGUUCAGCAGGAAGCAGCAAGGGAUACAGCUCUGAAGUUGAUAUUUACGUGGACACACUCACCACAAUGGGGUCUGAAGUGGAGACAGACUCAGAGCACAGGGACCAUGGUGGACAAGGUGCCUUUGCACCGGCACCGUCGGGCAAGAUGUGCUCUGAUGCUCAGGGUGCCGCCGUCUCCAGGUCUAGUACCUUCAGUAAAAAGGAGGACUCUUGCUCUUCAGAUGUUGGCUCAGCAAACAGAGACGAGGCUGAUCACUCCGAAGGAGAUGUCGCUGUCUGUGUAACGGAGGCCAAGCUUGUUGGUGGUGAACAUGAGAGGACUAGCUCGUUGGAGGAAUUGUUUUCGCAAGAAAAGCCGGUUUCUUGCGAGCAUGAGAGGACUGUUUCCUUGGAGGAACUGCUCACUGGUGACAUACUUCUUUCAGAGCCCGACACAAGGGAAUUAGCCACGGAGUCCAAUAGCAAUGCUAUUGUCAGUAAUGCUACACCCGAUGGUACAGUUGAUGCUACUAAAAGGGCCAAGGGGAACAAUGUUUCGGCCAUUUCCUUCAAGAAAACAGCGAGCAAGAGGUGUGUCGAAAGCAUGGAGCUGUUUGCCUCAAAAGUCGGCAUUCUGCCCAGGAAACUCUCCAAGAAGCAUGACCCGUUCUCUGAUUCUCUCCGUAACAUGGCAAAGGAGCUGCUUGAGCUCAAGUGUGAUGGCACUCAAGAUACUGACUUGUAUGAGUUUGAAGCGAAUGGCGAUGGAUUCGACGUCAAGUGUCGGAAAAUGGCUCACCCUCCUAUUGAAAUCAUGGAGGAGAGUUUCAGGAAGAGCAUUUCUUUUGAUUCACCUCAAGAUGUUGGUUCAAGGGAAUGCCAGCUGGAAGUAGUGGACCAAGAGUCAGACCAUGAUGUCCCAACUGCUGACAGUCCACAAGAUUCAGUGCCUGAUGAAAAUGGUUUUCAGCACACCGAUGUCUACCUGACAGACAUCACAUCACCGAGUCCCAAAAAAGAAGAAGAGGAAGAAGAAGAAGAUGAAGAAGAAGAAGAGGAGGAGGAGGAGGAAGAAGAGGAAGGAUGGACGGUUGCAGCACCUGAUGAGCAUUCAUCUGCUGGCAUGCUCAAUCAUGCAUCAGAGCUUAUUCAAGAGCACACUGAGGAUAUACAUACCGAAGGUGCUUCUGAAAAUGCAUCUGAUAUGGGUGAAGAUUUGAAAGAAGUCUGCAUUUGCGAAGAGCGUGUCAAUGCGGAAGAUGCUGAUGGAUGCAGUGAAUCUGAUGAAUAUGCAUCGGAGGAAGAAAUCACAGAGAACACAGGAGAACAUGUGGUUCCAGAUGAUGUGAUCUCACCGAUUUCAUCCAAGCAAUCUGAUGAUCCUUGCCAAGUAACUCCAUUCACUCUCAAAGAUGCAGAUUUGGCAGCAGCAAGGGAAGGCCAGGACAACUACAUCCCUGAAAUGGAGCAUGUCACCUUGCUGGAAACAGUCGUGGAAACGGGACUACCUAAAGUUGUGACUGAACCAGUAGUCAGCAGCGAGGCUGCCGUGCCAGAUGAUGAACAGUGCUGUCUACAUCCAGAAACUAGUUUACCACAAGAUACUGUUCUUGGUAGCUGUGAACUUCUAGACCAAAAUGAGCAACUGCAACUGCACAGCUCAUCCAUGAGGUCUGCCACUCCAGAUCCAACUGUAAAGACAGGGGAAAUGCAUGAAUUGUAUGAAGAACCGCCUAAUCCAUGCAACAGCAUCAGCACUGACAUUUUUGCAGAUCAAUUGGCUCCUGACUCCACAGAUUUGCCGCUGCCCAACAUUUCAAGUUUUGAUUGGAUGCUUAGUGGUUUAAUGAAGAAGUCAUUGAACGUGCUUCCUGCUCCAUCAAGUAAUAUAAAUCUACAAGAGAUUAGUUCUUCUGAAGAUACUGAAGAAGCACCACCACUUCCACCUCUUCCGCCGGUGCAGUGGCGAGCGACCAAGCCUCAGACAGGAUCCGCAUCUUUAUUUGCAAAAUUCGGGAGACCACCAAGGCCAAAACCUCCAGUGAAACAGCUAGAAAAUGAAAAUAACUCUGCACCCGGCGAAACAAAUCAAGAAUCUGAAAAUGUUCAGGAAAUAAGCUGGAACAAUGGUUUUAGUUCACAGAAGGAAAUGGCACAGGCAACAACACUUUGUAGUCAGACUCGGACAGAUCUGUUACCUGAGAGUGAUUCUCAAGAGAAUAAUGUCCAAGAAGGACACAAAGAGUAUGAUGUGCAGUCUUCUAAUCUAUUUUGCUCAUCAGAAGUCAAGUGCAACACAGACGUUACUUCAGUAGGCGACGACAUGCACGCUUUGAAGCCGCCUGAGCUUAUAGUAAUUCCAGAGGAGGCUUGGUCUGAGCUCGUAGAUAUAAAACCGAUACUGAAGCAGGAGGAAGAGAGAAAACAACAGCUCAUAAAUGGAGUUUCUGAUUGCAGUAGCAUUCAUACCAGUGGUUUGCCAAUUGAAAAGACCACUGUGGAGCAUGAAAGAUUUGACCAAAAGGAGGAAUUGUCAGCAGCAGAUAGCAACACAACUACAGAUUCAGAAGAAAACAAACCAAAUGGGCUUCCUUGUCAAGAUGAUAUUCAGAAUCCUGACUUCUCAGUGCAACAGGAAGAUAAAUCCAAUGACAUUAGGGAGUUCUCUUCGGCAUUAGAAGAGGAACUAGCAAAGUUGCCUCCUCAUUCAGUGCCAGAACCACCUAGAUAUCCUCUGCUUCAAGUUAUUUCUCAUGAUAGAAGCAUGCUAAGAAAGGCUCCAACUUUGGUUCAGCCAUCAAGUAAGCUUUCAGAUGAGAAGAACACAGUGUUGGAUCAGAUAAAGAACAAGACUUUCAACUUGAAACCGGUUGUUGCAAAGAGACCAAAUGUGAUGGGUGGUCCAAGAACAAACUUGCAAGUGGCGGCCAUUCUCGAGAGGGCCAACGCGAUUCGCCAGGCGGUUGCUGAUGACGAUGACGAGGAUAGCUGGAGUGAGUAGCUUUCCUCAGAGCAAUUUGGCGGCUGAUGUUUCACAUGUUAUGCGCAGGUCUUGUGCUCGUGUUCUUGCAUGAAGAAAAUGGUAGAAUAUAUCAGUAGAGUCAAAUGCACCUUUUUCUUCAUCUCGAGAACACCAUGCCAAGACAGUUUGAUCUGUGCUAGCGUAUUUUGACGUUUUCGGGGCAUGCCAUAUGUUUAUUAUCUUUUGAUGUGCCUCCUGAAGUUUGAUUUUUGAUAAGGACUGUGUGUACGCCUAUAGACUAGUGUGAUUGUUGUAACUUGAGUGUAUAUAGAAGAAGCAAAAGUGCACA